UUGAAGUCCAGUAUUAAAACCCGUAUGUCCUCAUAUCCCGUAUGUGAUCAUAUCCCAUAUGUUUGCACGUGAUCAUGGCUGGAACGAGCGACGCUUUUUCAGACAAAUCGAAGAAAUACGACCGACAGCUGAGACUGUGGGGAGAUCACGGGCAGACGACACUCGAAGACGCGCGCGUUUGUCUUCUCAACGCCACAGCGACCGGCACGGAGACACUGAAAAAUGUCGUACUCCCCGGAUGUGGCUCAUUCGUCGUCGUAGAUGGCGAGAAAGUGACAGAGGAAGACGUCGGAAGCAAUUUCUUCAUGCAGAAGGAUUGGAUUGGAAAAUCUCGUGCCGAAUGCGCAACCGCGUUGCUUCUUGAAUUGAACUCGGACGUGACAGGAAAUUACUUAGACGAGACUCCUCAUCGGAUACUUGAGAAUAGGCCGGAAUUCUUUAGCUCGUUCAGCUGUGUUGUUGCCACUGGACUGGAAGAAAAAACUCUGCUUCUUCUUGACAAAGUUCUCUGCGAUUACGGCAUUCCACUUAUUAUCGUUCGAGUGUAUGGAUUCAUCGGGUACAUGAGAAUCGUUGUGUCUGAACACACGGUGAUUGAGUCUCACCCAGACAACACGCAUCCAGACUUACGACUAGACAGGCCGUUUGAUCAGCUGCAGAAGUAUACCGAUUCGAUGGAUCUUUCUGCAAUGAAUAAACAGGAUCACGGUCACACACCAUUCGUCGUCUUACUUCUCAAAUAUCUGGACAAGUGGCGAGCAACUCAUGAUGGAGCUGUUCCAAAGAGUUACAAGGAGAAGAAGGAAUUCAAGCAACUUGUUAAGACAGGUAUUCUGUGUAAUGAGGAUGGUGUGCCUGAAGUCGAGGAGAAUUUUGAUGAAGCAGACAAGAGCGUCAAUUCAUCACUUGUUCCCACAAAGGUGCCAUCUGAGGUUCAGAGCAUAUUUUGUGACGACAAAUGCAUCAACAUCACCAAAGAGAGUUCAUUGUUCUGGAUAUUAGCACGUGCUGUUAAAGACUUUGUGGAAAAUGAAGGAGAAGGUGCUCUUCCACUGCGAGGCUCGUUGCCUGACAUGACGGCUGACUCAGCAAGAUACAUCAAAUUGCUACAAGCUUAUCAAGAGAAGGCCAAGCAGGACGCAGAGAUGGUCACAAGAAGAGUACAACAAUUGCUGAAAGAAGUUGGAAAGGCAGAAUAUUCAAUUAGUGGUGAUGAAAUCAUGAUGUUUUGUAAGAAUUCUCGUUUCUUGCGUGUGGUUCGUUGUCGUGCGUUAUCUGAGGAGUACAAUGUGUCGACGGCUAAACGAGAGGAGUUGGGUAUGCACUUGGAAAUGGCCGACGAUUUGGUGUAUUAUGUUUUGCUCAGAGCUGCUGAGAGGUUCAGAGAUGAGCAUCAACGACUGCCUGGUGUGAUUGAUGAUCAACUAAUGUCUGAUGUCACAGCGUUGAAGUCAUGCACAACUGCCUUUCUUCAAGAACUGGGCAUCACGACAGCCGUCUCGCACGACUGCAUUCACGAAAUGUGCCGCUUCGGAGGCUCAGAACUUCACACUAUGGCAGCAUGUUUAGGAGGGAUGGCUGGACAAGAGGUGAUCAAAUUGGUCACUCAUCAGUUUGUGCCAUUCAACAAUACAUUCAUCUACAAUGGAAUGACAUGCAGUUCGGUUAGCGUUGAGUUAUAGUCCGACCGAUAAUUAACCAUCGACUGUAGCUCGUUAGUCAAACUAUACUAAUGCAAUUGUCUGGAAUUCAUAAAUAUUGACGUCAAGGUAUGACUUGCUUGAUGUGUUUGCGUGUUCUACGGUCGACCACAUUAUGGCAAUGAUUACUUUUAGUCAUGUGAUAAAUUAGUAUCAGUAUGAAGGUACUAAGUCUCUCA